CCAUUCCAAUUUCCACAUACGUCUUCACCAGUUCGUUUUCGUUCGCUAGAUCAAAGCCUUCUCUUAUCCUUCUCGACUCCUUCUUGACUACCAUAACAGAUCGACCGGUCCUUCGGUAAGUCUCUCUCUCUCUCUUCCAAGAGUACCCGACUCGAUCUCUUGCACUCACUCUGGAUCCUACUACAAAUCACGUUUCUGCUUUCAGUGUGCUGCGAAUCUGGAGCUCAAUUGAGUUUCCGGAUUCCAAUUGCUUCUUGGUUGGUUUGAUUUGGACUCAGGGUAGUCGAUGAGUUUGAUAGGUUUGACUCUUUUGAGACUUGUUGAAGUAGGAUCACAUGCUUUUGGCUGUACUGAACCUUUCUGAGAUUUCUGUGAUCGUAUGAUCUGUUGUAGUUAAACCAAAAUCUGGGCAACUUGCUUGAAUUUCAUUGUGCUUCUUGUUCUCUAUGAUAGAGAUCAGUGUAAUUUGAUGCUGUGUUGUCGGUGGAUUUCCUCCCGCUCUUUUUAUCCGCACACCAUGUUUGGAUUGGCUUGAAACUUAACAGUUGAUGCUGACUGCUGAGCCUUCCAAAAGUUUGGAUCUUGGAUCGAUUUCAGUGUUGCACGGAUUGAGGGUUAUCAUUGGUCGAUCUUAUAUGUGGCUGCCCCUUAUUUAGAUAAUUUUGUAUGAUCCAUUUGAUUUUAAUUACUCCAAGGAGAUAUCUUAUUCCCCAUAGUCAUUUGCUAAUCUGCUAAUUUAUACUUGCUGGGAUUUUUUAAUGGAAAAAUGAAGAAUCUCUUAGGUAAGGAAGAAUGGAGUCCAGCAGGGGUAAUGGAAUUCAACUCCUUCUAGCUGCAGAGCAAGAAGCUCAGCACAUUGUCAAUGCUGCAAGAAAUGCAAAAUUGGCUAGGCUGAAACAAGCCAAGGAUGAGGCUGAAAGGGAAGCUACUGAAUUCCGCGCCCAAAUGGAAGCUCAAUAUCAGGCAAAGCUGACAGAGACCAGCGGUGACUCGGGUGCUAAUGUGAAGCGGCUGGAACAAGAAACCCAGGUGAAGAUUGGUCACCUGAAGGAGGAGGGUUCCAGAAUCUCUCAUGAUGUUAUAGACAUGCUGCUGAGGCAGGUUACCACAGUUAAGAAUUAGGAGGAUGUUGAUGGAUUGAUACUCUGUUCAGCCAGGUUCUUUUCCGGAGAGAGUGAGUGAUGAACACUGUGAUGUGUAAUAUGUUGAAGGAGAGAUACUGGGAGUUGGUAGCUUGGUGUGUAUGUCAAUUGCCUUCAAAUCUACAUACUUUUAUGACGUUGUACUAUUUGAUCAUGGACUUCGUUUUCGCGGUGUUAGAAUAAAUUUCUCAUAUUGUAUUGUUGGCAAGUAAAAUCAUGGUGACAUGUUCAUCAUUUACAGAAAUGAAACUGUAAACCCUAG